AUGCGAAAUAAUCUCAGUGUUGCCAUCGUUGCCAUGGUGAAUAGUACAGGACAGGACAGCGAUGCACAGGCCAGUGCAGACGAAUGUGGUAUAAAUGCAACUGACACUGAAGAAGAGGAGACAGGGGAUUUCAACUGGAGUAGUUACCAACAAGGACUUCUUCUUGGAGCUUUCUACUAUGGUUACACGAUUACACAGAUUCCGGGAGGAUGGCUUGAAAGAAAAUUCGGAGGAAUGCGUGUAUAUGGUGGCAGCAUUUUACUGUGUGCCAUAUUUACAAUGCUCACACCGGCUGCAGCUUGGCUUGGUUUUGGAGCCAUCUUCACUUGUCGAUUUCUCUUAGGAUUUUGCCAAGGUUGGCGUGUUCCAUGGUUAGCCAUAGUUAAAUCACCACAGGUAUGGGGUCUCUUAAUUGGUACAUUUUGCAACAACUGGGGUAACUAUACUCUACUGACAAGUCUUCCGCAAUACAUGGACCAAAUACUUGGCUUUAAUCUGGGAGCGAACGGAUUCAUGUCUUCUUUAUCAUCUCUUGGUAUAUGGACGUUUACAAUAUUUUACGGUUGGUUAGCGGACUAUACCAGACAGAGAUACAUUAUGUCAACAAUCCAAGUGAGAAGAGUUCUGACGUCAUUGGGUAUGUUCCUGCCAGCCAUUUUCUUAGUUGUAGCAGGACAUAUCGGGUGUAACCGUGGACUAGCAGUCUUGUUUAUCACAAUAUCCGCUGCUUUCAGCGGAUGUGGCACACCUGGUUUUAAAGUUAAUCACGUUGAGAUUGCACCCAAAUUUGGCGGUAUUUUAUUCGGCAUUACGAACACAGCUGGCAGUAUUUCUGGGGCAUUGGCCCCUUUAGUUGUCGGUGUGGCAACCGCGGAAGAGAAUACACGUGAACAGUGGCAGAAGAUUUUCGGGUUAUCAGCAUUGAUUUACGUCAUUGGCGGAAUUGCUGUUCUGCUAACUUUAAAAGUGGAAGAACGUGAAUGGGCUAAAGAUAAGGAAGCUAUACAGAGUGACAAAACACAUCAGAUCGAUAUGGAUGUGUAUGAUAAAAUAGGAAUCGAAAACGCUGUUGACGUAAAAGAGGACGACAUAGCAGCAUUCCAAAAGCACCAGAAGCAUGAUUAG